AUGAGAGUUUACAAACGUGGGAGGACUACAAGGAAUAAAAGAUCGACGAAAAACAGAAAGAUGCACUCCGUACCGGAGGAACCAAGGCAAGGCGUGUUCAUAGAUGAGCGGUUUGGCGACACGCUUCCGCAGGCGCCUAGAGGAGUGUUCUUUCUGGUGGAAGUGUACACGGACGAGCCUGGAAUGCGACCACACGAGGUACAGGAGCCGGACGAGGAACAAGAGAACCCAAGACGCGUCGAAGUGCAGAUAGAAGAGAUGCCAGGCGCGGAUGAGCAAGACGUGGAUAUGAUGGACGUGUAG